GAUUCACUGCGACGUCAUGCAUAGUAAAUGAGAUUGAAUCAAAAAUAGAGCCUUGGGAACUCCGAGCGCGUGUGGCGGACUACAUUAAAGUCACAGUGACUAUUAGUGCAUCAUUUUAAACGAUUUGCCACAAUUAUGCAAACUUGCUGCGUAGUCGGUUGUCAAAACAGACCCGACCCAAAGACAAAUUUACAUUUUUACCGGAUACCAAUUGGAUCUCAUCCCUUUCAAAAACUUCGCCGGCAGCUCUGGCUACAAGCUAUUAAACAUGUGGACUGGACCGAGGACCUUAUUAAAAAUGCCCGUAUCUGCAGUACACAUUUCAAAUCAGGAAAAGCAUCUGUGGAUUCGGCAAGCCCGGAUUUUGUACCCUCUGUAUUUGCGUACACGGAUCAGACCCAAAAAUCACACACGCGUCUUCUCAGUUUGCAGAAAAAGAGGAAUCUGGACGAGAAUACUUUGCCAGUGGAGAAGAGACGUGACGUCCGUGUUUUAGAUGACCGGCCUGCUUUCACGCAAGCUCUAGAGUCUACCCCAGCACCUGCUUUAGAAGUCAUGAAGAAGAGAAAAAUCUAUGAUUCAAAUGAAAUCUCGCCACGCAAGCCAUCAAACGCCCCAGACGCAGGCCUGCAUCUCCCUCAUCCGGUCAAAACGUUUUCUAAACCGGAGAUUCAGCAGCUGAUAAAGCAAGAGAUACUGGCCACGGUGCAGCGGUCCGAACACAAGAUGGAUGAGCUCAUUAAGAGGAUCCAGAGAACCGACACCGUCUCUAAAUAUGAAGCUGUUCUCAUCAGACUGCAAGCAGACGUUAAGAAAAUAAAAAGGCGGGAGCAAGUGGCGUUGGCCUGCAUGAGGAAGCUGAAAGUGCCUGCACCAGCCACCCCAGCUGAACAGAGCCAGCCCCUCAGCUCCAGGGACUGCCCGAUCUGCAUUGUGGACCCUCCUUCUGCCUCUGAGCCUCCUCCAGCACCGCCCAGAGUGAUGGCUAGCCCCACCUCCAUCUCCUCUUCCAGGAUCAGUGCUGAUGGAGAUCAGAGCGGAGAGCUCUCCACCCUGGAACCUUCAGAAAUGGACGGGGAGGUGGUGUUCUGUGGCGUCAUGCUGCCGAGGAAGAGGAUCGUGGAGGGGUUCUGGCAGAGACGGCUGAAGAGGAACCGUGUGGUGGACCUGACUGAAGACGCAGGGAUGGACGCAGAUAUGGGACCAGAUCUAGGAGGCAACGGUGACCCAAACAUGAGCCAAAAUGGGGACGCUCAGAGCCAAAACCAGGAUCCCAUGGAAAGCAUGGAGCAGGAGACGGCUCCGGCCACUGGCCCAGAAAGAGCAACAGACACGGCCCAUGUCCAGACACUGGGGCCCACAGAUUCAGCUCAGACUCCUGCACCCUCUUGGGUGGCUCUCUCCUCUCAGGACAGUCCUGUCUCUGCUGCCCCUGCAGAUGCUGACAACCAGACUACCUCACAUGCAGAAGUGACUUCCUGUCCCCAGAGUGACAAAAUUCAGCCGGCCACAGCGGACCCACCCUGCUCCACCCUUUCCCCUGCUGAGGACGAGUGGCGCUCCAGGCUGCCCCCUCUCCCGGCCACGGUCCAGCCCAGCCAGGUCCCCCCGGAGGCUGCGGGCUCCAGUCUCCCCCAGCAGGUGACGCUGACGGUGGCGCGCAUCAAGAACCCCAAGGGCAUCGGCGCGCUGUGGAACAUGCAGCACCCCGACCCGCAGGCCGCCCCGGUCAGCCGCUACCACAUCUACGCCAUGCAGGAGAUGCCGGCCGGCUGCUUCUCCACCUGGCGCAACGUGGGCACCGUGCGGGCCAUGGCCCUGCCCAUGGCCUGCAAGCUGACCGACCACGGGCCCGGCCGGAGGUUCUGCUUCGCCGUGGUCAGCGAGGACGUCUACGGCCGCUUCGGACCCUACAGCCACGUGCAGGCCAUCGGCCCCCAGGACUAGCGCCCGGCCUGAACUGUUCUCAGAGCUGCCCCGCUUCUCACUGCUGAACUGUUCUCAGAGAGCUGCCCCGCUUCUCACAGCUGAACUGUUCUCAGAGAUCUGCCCCGCUUCACACAGCCGAACUGUUCUCAGAGCUGCCCCGCUUCUCACAGCUGAACUGUUCUCAGAGAUCUGCCCCGCUUCACACAGCCAAACUGUUCUCAGAGCUGCCCCGCUUCUCACAGCUGAACUGUUCUCAGAGAUCUGCCCCGCUUCACACAGCUGAACUGUUCUCAGAGAGCUGCCCCGCUUCUCACAGCUGAACUGUUCUCAGAGAUCUGCCCCGCUUCACACAGCUGAACUGUUCUCAGAGAGCUGCCCCGCUUCACACAGCCGAACUGUUCUCAGAGCUGCCCCGCUUCUCACAGCUGAACUGUUCUCAGAGAGCUGCCCCACUUCACACAGCCGAACUGUUCUCAGAGCUGCCCCGCUUCUCACAGCUGAACUGUUCUCAGAGAGCUGCCCCGCUUCACACAGCCGAACUGUUCUCAGAGAGCUGCCCCUCUUCUCACAGCCGAACUGUUCUCAGAGAGCUGCCCCUCUUCUCACAGCUGAACUGUUCUCAGAGCUGCCCCGCUUCUCACAGCUGAACUGUUCUCAGAGAGCUGCCCCUCUUCUCACAGCUGAACUGUUCUCAGAGAGCUGCCUGCUUCUCACAGCUGAACUGUUCUCAGAGCUGCCCCGCUUCUCACAGCCGAACUGUUCUCAGAGCUGCCCCGCUUCACACAGCUGAACUGUUCUCAGAGAGCUGCCCCGCUUCUCACAGCUGAACUGUUCUCAGAGAGCUGCCCCUCUUCUCACAGCUGAACUGUUCUCAGAGAGCUGCCCGCUUCUCACAGCUGAACUGUUCUCAGAGAGCUGCCCGCCGUUUGGCCAAAGGGCUCUCACACCAAUGCUCUGAUAACUGCUGUUCUCGUUCAACACUCAGGAUUUUGGUGAAAUUAUUUUUCUUGCCUGGCUGAAAUGUUCUGGGCUUCUGUGCCCCAGUUUGACUUUUUAUAUAUAAUUGUAAAAGGGUUUUUCUUUCCCCCUUCACUAAUUCUUGCACACUUAGCAUUAAUUUCAUUGGCAGAAUAUGCAAGCACUGGAAUGGUGUAAGAUUAGAAAGGCCUGACUCAAAGUGAAGGACGAAGCGCAUUGAGUUUCUGGCCACAGCCUUUGUCAUUGUAUCACCAGCGGUGACACUUGGAACGAGACAUUUUGAAAAUAGUGUACGGGGGGGCUUUUGUAGAAAUCGUUGCCCAAAUGUGUACCUUUUUGAACGUUUCAUUUGAUGCCUUUUUAUAUUGAGCCUGAAAUAAAAAUCUAUGGGGUGAAAGAA